GGGAGUCCCAAUAAUCUAAAGCAAUCUGUAAGGACCUGACCUUAGUCCAUCCAGAUCAAUAGAAGAAGGAGAAGAAGAGAGCGAGCGCACCAUUCGCACUGGAAAUACUCUUGGUUUCCCUCUGCUCUCGCACCUUCCCUCGGCCCUCAUGCUUUCCACACUCUAACAAGACCAACAACAAAAAGUGGAUAUUCCUACUUGUCGCUCGCUCCUGCCUCCGUCGCCGGCAGCUAUGUCCUUCCCCCAGCUGGGCUACCAAUACAUCCGGCCCGUGUACCCUGCGGAGCGCCAGGGCAUGGCCGGCAACCCCCGGAGCGCCGCCGCCGCGGCUGCCGCGGCAGCCGCAGCCGAUCUCAGUCCUUCGGGCGCGCUCUCCAACGUGCUCUCGUCCAUGUACGGAGCGCCGUUCGCCGCCGCGGCCGCGCAGGGUUACGGAGCCUUCUUGCCCUACUCCAACGACAUCUCUAUUUUCAACCAGCUGGGGGCCCAGUACGAACUGAAGGACAGCCCCGGGGUUCAGCACGCCGGUUUCGCCCACCACCAUCCGGCAUUCUACCCGUACGGCCAGUACCAGUUCGGCGACCCUUCCCGGCCCAAGAACGCCACUCGGGAGAGCACCAGUACCCUCAAGGCUUGGCUCAGCGAGCACCGCAAGAACCCGUACCCCACCAAGGGCGAGAAGAUCAUGCUGGCCAUUAUCACUAAGAUGACUCUGACCCAGGUCUCCACUUGGUUCGCUAACGCCCGCCGGAGGCUCAAGAAAGAGAACAAGAUGACGUGGGCGCCUCGGAACCGAACCGACGAAGAGGGCAACGUCUACCCCAGCGACCACGAGGGCGAGGAAGGCGACAAGCGGGAGGACGAGGAGGAGAUCGACCUGGAGAACAUCGACACGGAGAAUAUCGAGAGCAAGGACGACCUGGACGAGCAGGACGACUUGCAUUCGGAACUCAAAAUUGACGCGAGGAGCGACUCGGAAGGUUCGGACGGCUAUGAGGAUUUACCCGAGCAGAGGUUUCUCAAGGGGGGUCUGCACCACCACCACCACCAUCACCACCAUCUCCAGAUCCACCACCGCGGCUCGUCUCCGCUGGAGAUCAAACCUGACGCGGACAAACUGAACUCGGGUCCGGUCAGUUCCCCGCCCACGGAGAACAGCCAAGCGCCGGCCCAGAAACCAAAGAUCUGGUCUCUGGCGGAGACGGCAGCCGCCCCGGACAACCCGCGAAAAUCGCCGCAAGUGACUCCCGCGCCCCCGGCCUCACACCAGCAACACGGUCUCAUGGCCCCGCACAGACUUAUUGCGUCUUGUCCCGCCGUGGGGAAGAUCCAGUCGUGGACGAACCGAGCCUUCUCGGCGCAUCAGCUGGCCCUGUUCAACUCCAACCACUACCUGGGCCUGGCCAACCAGGCCGGAGGCGGCCUGGCAUUGUACGGAGGCGGCCGGCUUACGGACGACAAGGGCGCUGCGGCCGGGCCCGGUGCGGACUCUGCGCUCACAGGUACCGGUCCGCGACACUGAGAAUCACCGCGUGUGUUUGUGCCUGUGUGUGUGUGGACGCGC